GGAAGCGAACGGACGUGCCGGUUCGCUGGCGGUGUGUUUCGAUUUAUAGCGGAUGCCCUGACUUUGUUUGCGUUUGCUGUCAGUGUCUUUGCAUUUGCCUUUGCGUUUGCGCAGUUGCCACACAGUUGUGUUUUUGUUGACGUCCGCGUGUGUCUUUGCCAGUUUGUUUGUCUUUGCGAGGCCAAGCCAUUAGUUGCUGGAUGGCUUUUGCCUGUUUUGUCAAAAAACUAAACCGCGAUUGCAAACCUGAAUAAUGAAGAUGAAAAACAAAUAGUGGCCGACUUGAGUUUGUUUUUGUGUUUGCUGAGUUUUUUGAGUUUUUGUUCAAGUGAAAGCGUGUGAAAAGUGGCCAACACUCAGGGCAAAGCCCUCUCGCACUCUCUUUCUUUUUUUUUGCCUCUCUUUCGGCAAGGGAAUAUACACAAUAAACUCAAGACCCGACAUCCACCGACAUCCACCGACAUCCACCGAUAUCCAGCGAUAUCCAUAUCCUGCCUUGCGGCCAGCCGAAAACUUCCGGUCAACAUGCAACCGCAAUUGUUGCAUCGCCGCAGCCUCCGCCCUUCAUCGCCACGAUCGUCAUCAUCAUAUUAGCCACAGGUGUAGCCUGCUCAUUUUUUGGAUGUCAGCCAGAAGUGGACGCGGUAUGACCACGCCGGGCACACUCUAUCGGUUGGCCAGUGGCUCAGUUGCCACACCUGCCACGCCCACAAACAGCCUUUAUGGCCAGCCGCCCAAGCCAUAUGUCGUGGGCUCAAUCCAGAACGGAUCGGAGCGGAAUCGCAUUCUGGAGUUGCUGAGAGCACCCAAUAACUUGACCUCGCCCACGCUGGAGCCCUCCUCCAAGGGACUACUCAAUGGACCGGGGCAAAACAAUUGCUUUCUCAACUGUGCCGUACAGGUCUUGUGGCACUUGGACGCCUUUCGACGAUCGUUUCGCGGCCUAAAUCAGCACGUAUGCGGUGGCCAAGAUUGCAUCUUUUGCGCUCUAAAGGAACUUUUCCAGCAACUGCAGACCAGUUCCGAGCCCGCCUUGUGCCCGGAGCCACUGCGUCGGGCUUUGGCCAGUGGUCCUUUGGCAGGACGCCGCUUCCCACUCGGCUGCUUGGGCGAUGCCGCCGAAUGCUUCGAGCUCCUACUCCACCGCGUCCACUCGCACAUUUCGCCGGAUGACGGCGACUCCUGCGAAUCCUCCGCCUGCAUCGCCCACCGAAGAUUCGCCAUGCGCGUCAUCGAGCAGAGCGUCUGCAAGUGCGGAGCCAACUCGGAGCAGCUGCCCUUCACCCAGAUGGUGCACUACGUCUCUGCCUCGGCACUGACCUCCCAGAAAAGUCUGGCCCUGCAGUCCCAUCAGCAGCUGAGUUUUGGCCAACUUUUAAGGGCCGCCGGCAACAUGGGCGACAUACGCGAUUGUCCGAACACAUGCGGCGCCAAGAUUGGGAUUUGUAGGGCCCUGCUCAACCGACCGGAAGUGGUAUCCAUUGGCAUCGUUUGGGACUCUGAGCGACCGGCGGCGGAUCAAGUUCACGCCGUUCUGAAGGCUGUGGGCACCAGCCUGCGCCUGGGUGACGUUUUCCACCAGGUCAGCGAGCCACGAUGGGCCCAGCAGACCCAGCACGAGCUGGUGGGCAUCGUGUCCUACUACGGCAAGCACUACACCACCUUCUUCUUCCACACAAAGCUCAAGGUGUGGGUCUACUUCGACGAUGCGAACGUGAAGGAGGUGGGGCCCAGUUGGGAGGGCGUGGUGGACAAGUGCAGCCGGGGUAGAUACCAGCCGCUCCUGCUGCUGUAUGCGGUUCCCCAGCAGCCUUCGGUUGGCAACGGCGCCGGUGUCAAUCACGUGGAUCUGGCCAUGCCGGCGAGUGCUCCAUCCAGUGCUGGCUCAGUGAUUCGCCGGGCAGUUACGCCCAGUCCGGAGAAGCCCAGCUUGGGCAACACAAGGAGGGCCAUCACUCCGACCCCGCUGAGGACACCACCCAACGACUACCAGAACCUGAGUGUGAUUCAGAAGAAUAUCUUUCCAAGCAACCUGGCAAUGGGCACGGAUGAAACGGAUGCCUACAUCAGCCGCAAGACGGUGGAACAUGUGCUAAGUGCCCAGUACCAGAAUCUGAGCGUGAUCCAGGACAAGAUUGGAGGCGGAAAUGGAGUCGGUGUCGGUGUCGGCCAGCAGAGUGUGGACAAGGAUGGAGGCUUUCUGAGUCGGAAACCCAUCGAGGCGGUGCUAAGUGCCCAGCUGGCGAGGAGGCAGCACCUGCAGCUUCAGCGCAGCCACAGUGCGGAGUCGAGCUCGGGCCACGGCUCAUCCAACGGAAGUUCUCCGCCCAGCGAUGGACUCACCAUGCCGGAGCACCUGAAUCAGCCACGUCGUCGCGACUCGGGCAAUUGGUCAGGCGAUCGAAACAGCGCUAGUUCAGCCAGUUCUACGACACUAGACAAUCCCUACCUGUACAUGGUGGCCAAGAGGGGAGUGGCAGCAGUACCCCAGAGCCCAACGCGACAUGGUUUGCCAUAUGACCCGGGCUACGACUCGUUUUCGCUUAGUUCCACGGACUCGUAUCCGCCGAAGCAUGCGCUGAAUCCCCAGCUGGCUAAGAUCCCGGAGGCAGCCCUGGGCGUCGUUCCAAAUGGAGGAGCAGUGCCCCACGGUCAUGGAAACGGACAGCUGGCCUUGUCUGGGGACUGCGAGAAGCUGUGCCACGAGGCAGACCAGUUGCUGGAAAAGUCCCGACUGGUGGAGGAGUCGCAUGAUUUGGAAACUGCCCUGGUGCUCUGCAAUGCGGCUGCUGGGCGAGCACGGGCAGCCAUGGAUGCCCCGUACAGCAAUCCGCACACGAUGACCUUUGCGCGGAUGAAACACAAUACGUGUGUGAUGCGGGCCCGGAGUCUGCACCGUCGGAUUCUGGUGGAGAAGGGGGCCGAAACGGAGGCUAUGCCCGAACUAAAGCACAUGCGCGAAGGAAGCACGAGUAGUGUGAAGCACGUGCGCCAGAAUAGCAAGGAUCGCACGUUAGAGAAGGAGCAGCAGCAGCAGCAGACGCUGCAGUUUCAGCAGAUACAACAGAUCCAGCAGAUUCACCAGAUCCAGCAGCAGAUCCCAGCCAGCAUCGAGAUAUAUGCCACGCUCCCGAAGCGCAAGAGUCCUCUGAAGGCCUUGGCCUCUGCCUCCGCGUGCGAUGACAACGCCAUCGAGUACGAACAGGAGAAGCAACUGGCCACCAGUCCGGGAAAACCGGAGCGGGAGAGUCGCUCCCUGUUCGGACGCAAGGACAAGGACAAAGAGAAGGAGAAGCGCAGUCGCAGCGAGGAUCGCAACAAGCUCACCCGUGAGUUCUCGCUCACCGAAACGCUGCUCGUGAAUGCCAAGGAUACGCUGAAGAAGCACAAGGAGGACAAGGACGAGAAAAAGGAGAAGGACAAGAGCGGCAAAAAGCAGCACAAAAUCAGACGCAAGCUAUUGAUGGGCGGGCUCAUACGUCGCAAGAAUCGCUCCAUGCCGGAUCUCACGGAGGCGGUGGACGACGUUACGGCCAAUGCCGGCAUAAUACACCAUCCACAUUAUCCUGCACAGGGCGUGACUACGGCGGGCACCCUCUUGGGCAGCUCCGUAGACGACAGUGCCGUGGGUUUGGGCAAACACGGCCACGGCAUGAGUGGCUACAUCUCCGAGGGACACUUCGACUACUCGGGGUCCGGGUCGAGCUCGAACUCCGGAGCCGGCAGCAAUCCAAAUCCGAAUCUGGAGAGGAGCAAACUGAUGCGGAAGAGCUUCCACGGCAGCGGCAGGCAGUUGACCAUGGUGCCGAAGGUGGCGCCACCGCCGCCCAUGCGAACCAGUUCCACUUUGACCCCACAGCAACAACAACAACAGCAAUUCCACCACGAGGCCAACUUGUCCAACCUCUCGGCCAUGAGUUCGAACACCUCGAUCAGCGAGGACUCCUGCCAGACGAUCAUCACCACCUGCGCGCAGGUGCACUCGGAGCAGAGUCCUCUGAAGGAUCUGCAAAUGCUGGUCGGCCAGGAUGAGCUGCCACUGCCGCCGCCAAUGGAGCUGCCCCCGUACCCGAGUCCACCGCACUCUUCCUGCCAUUCGCGACAGGCUAGCGAAGAUUUCCCGCCACCACCACCGCCGGAAUUGGAUCUGGAGCCACUCAACCAGCAACUGAGCCAGCUGCACGCUCUGGAGGCGGCCAGUAAGCAACAGCGCCAGCAACUUGAGUCCCUCGAGGGCACCACCAGCAUUUUGGCCCAGCUGCAGCAGCGCCAGCACCUUCUCAAGCUGAGAAAGGAGCAGGCCAAUCACCCGGGAACAACCACCACGGAUGCCACCUGGCUGAAGGAGCUGCAGGCGAAACAAGCCAACGAUUUGAGAGCCAUGCAACGCAAGCUGGAGGCCUCGUCGCCAUCAAGUGUUAGGGAUUUGACACAUCGCUUCGAGCAGACCUCCAUUCGAUCCUACGCAUCGCAGGAGCUAUUGUCCCAGCCGGGACAGACGCAGCAGAUGGGGCAGCUGCGCACCCAGAUGAACGGGUUGCCCAACGGCAAUGCAAAAUUGGAUGUGGAUGAGGUGGACGCUAUGCCGCCGGUGAGAAACUCCCUGCCCGCCGCACUCACCGCUCAUCAAAUGCUGCCCAAGCCCAAGUACGAAAUGACGCAAUCGCAGAUUGCAGAGGAGAUUCGCGAGGUGGAGUUGCUGAACACGAUGGUGCAGCAGACACUGAAUCAGAAUGGAGCCACCGCACUACCCAAGCGGGUAAAGAAAAAGAGCGUCUCCUUCUGCGACCAGGUGAUCCUGGUUGCCACAGCUGGAAACGAGGAGGACGAUGACUUUAUACCCAAUCCCAUACUGGAGCGGGUCCUGCGGACUGCCCAGCAUCCCAACGAGAAGGUCACCGCUCAAAUGAUCCAGCAGCAGCAGCAGAACAUGAUGCGAUUGCAAACGGAAGCGCAGCCGCGGCAACAGCAGCUGCAGCAGAUGCAACAACAGCAGCAGCAACCAUCACCCAUGUUGGGCAGACCUGCAGGAGCCACAGCAGAUAUGCAACGGUAUGUGCAGAGAAUGCAGCAACAGCAGCAGCAACAGCAGCAGCAACAGCAGCAGCAACAGCAGCAGCAACAGCAGCAGCAACAGCAGCAGCAACAUCAGGAGAUGUACCGCCAGCACCAGCAUCGCACUAGUAUGAGCGGCAUAGCCAGCCAGCAGCACUUGCAGCAAUUGGAUGCACAGUACACCACCAUGCCGCGUCCCUUGCAUCAUUCACAGCUUGGUAGCUACUCUGUGCAAUUGCAGAAGCACCAGCAGCUGCAGCAGCAACAGCAGCAACAGCAACAACAGCAGCAGCAGGCUACGCAGCAACUUAGCUUGGGCUACUUCAGCAAUGGCAAUGUAGCGACUUCAGAGCAAGUGCCGCUGCCUUCGCCCUACCAGCGGGUGCCCCUGCCACAUGGUUACCAGCCUGCUGCAGCAGGACCGUACUACCCGCUGCCCAAUGCCCAGCAACACAUGCAGCAGCAACAGCUGAUGGCCAAACCUGUGCAGAAAAAAGUUAGCUUUGAGCCAGGGACCAAGGGCGAAGCCGAUUGCUUGCCACCGCCACCGCCGCCGCCGCAAAAGAACGGGUUGCCCGAGGCCGGAUCAGCAGGAUUGGGACACCCUGGAGCAACAGCCGGAGCAACUGUUGCGGGCGGCACCUCAUCGGCCGGCAUCACCGCCAUUCCCACCCGCGUCUACAACAAUGCCAUUGUGAAGGCUUCUGCCAAAGCCGUUGAAUGCAAUUUGUGCCGCAAGCGGCAUGUGAUCGCACCGGCGGUGUAUUGCACCAACUGCGAGUACUACCUGCAGAUGCUGAACCAGCGCAGAUGAUGAUGAUUCGAGCCCCGACCAUCGACCAUCUCUAGUGCAACUUUCUAGCCGUACAUGGAACCCGUUAAUCUCAAGCAAUACAAUGCUGCCACAUCGCCAAUAAGGAUUCGCCAAGGAUGUACAUAGCAAGGUUACAAAUACGUACAUAGGUCUAAGGAUAUAAGGUGGUGCCAGCUAUCAGGCGAAUUGCAUGGACCCAGGACUCAAGGAGCAGGCGGAAUGCGGAAGCGGAGGGAAAGCACAGUCCUUCUAUGGUUUUACAUGAGAAGUUCCCGCUGUGACACGUAACCCACCCACUAAUGCCACCACCACCCAUCACCACCCACAUCAAUGCCAAUGUCCCCAAGCACACGCACACAAGCAUAUUGUACACGCCCAUUCAUAUCUACACAUAUACUUGCCCAGAAAUUGUGCUUAUUCUUAGCGAUGCAGCGGUUACCACCGAUUGGGACCAUAGUAAAAUCCCACCGCUGCAUCGUUUACCAACUGCACAGUGCCACCCGUCGCCCCAUUGGACAUCGAUCGCUUGACUAACUCCACACAUUAAAACACCCAAAGCCUGACCAGCCGUCCGCCUCCGCAAACCACCACAUAAGAGUAAUUUGUUUCGACAACGAAUUUGAGAGACGCCAGCAGUUUAAAACUUGGUCGCUGAGCUUCCUUGUGCGUGCUGUUGUCCAACGACACUCGCAUUACCAUUUUUUUUAACAUUUUUUUUUUUUUUAUAAUUUUUAGUUUUACUCUAAUCACUUUAGGCAUUUUUUUUUAUUGUCGUACUUAAAUUUGUUAAGAAUAUUUUUUGUGUCUUGCAUUUAACCGAUUUUGUGUAUUUAUAAUGUUAAAAUUACUCUUACAGAUUACAUAAUUUUAUUUAGAUUUUAUUUUUGUAUAACAUUUUUAAAAGAUACUUCUCUUUGCAGCAUAUGAGCAACAAAAAAAGAGAUGUCGAGCAUCCAAGAAAAUGGUAAUGAAUUAAUAUUUCUAAAUAAAUACAUACAAACAAAAUAAAAAUGUCUAUUUACUUCUGGGUAAAAAGAAGUAUGACCAGUGUUUUAAA